AUGCAGACCCAGCUAGGCUUUCCAAAUGACCCGAUUUUUGUUAAGCUUCGCAAGGUAGCCAAGCAGUCACCGCGUGUGUUAUUCCACGAUGAGUAUGGCAUCGAUGCAACAUAUAGCGACUUGAUUCGUGAUAUUAUCCACCUCCGGGAGAUCCUGCGGGAGCAACUCUCGAGCGUUUCAUUCGAUGAGCAAGGUUGUCUGCGAGAAGACGCCAGGUCGAUUGCCUAUCUAGGCUACAGCGGAUAUAGUUUUAUCAUCAGCUUCUUUGCCAUUGUGGCUUUGGGGGGUAUAUGUGUGCCUCUAUCAACGGGGCUGGCGUCAGACGAGGCGCUGAGCAUUUUGAACAAGGUCAAGGCUGCCUAUAUCCUGACUGAGGAUAGAACAGUCAACAUGGCCACGAAAUUCGCAGAACAAGCCCGAAUCGAGAGCCAAAGUGUGACUUUGAUCACAAUCACAACAACAGAUCCCGCAGUAGCGACUAUUCCCCGCCCCACAGAACUCGAGAUUAAUCAGGGACUGACCUUGCCAGAAACAGCUGGCUGUCUGAUUUUAUUCACAUCCGGCACAACCGGGCUCCCAAAGGGUGUUGUUCUCACCCGGAAGAUGUUCCAUUUCGAAGAAGAUAUAACACCCGCAACACUUUAUCUCGCCUCCUGUCCUCCGCACUGGGUAGGAGGAACAGGAUUGAUUGAUAGUGUGCUUCUCGGUGAAAAUCUACAUAUGCUGAAGAACGAAGUCCCUCCUUCCCGGUUCUGGGAAGUGUUGAAAGAAGGGAGAGCUACGGAAAUGGCUAUCUCACCGACGAUGUUGAGACGUUUGAUGGAGUACUAUGAGGAAAAUAUCGGCCGUCUUGCAGCUGAAAAACGGGAUCAAUAUAUCGACGGAGCAAAGAAGCUUGAACGUGUGAUUGUGAGCGGCUCGAUGCUGAAUCCGUCCACUUGGCGCUUCUUUGCUGAUUUGACCGGUAUGCCCAUCAUCAACGGUUACGGGCUCACGGAGAUGGGUGGGGGUGUAAUAAUCAAUCCUGCUGGCUCGCUCUAUGAGCAGGGCUAUAUCGGUAAAGUCAUUCCAGGCAUCACAGUCAAGCUGUCCCAUGGUGACCAUGGGGAAAUCCUCGUCAAGAGCCCUAUCAGAUUCUCCCAUUAUAUUGGCGAUGAGGCAGCUACUCGCGCCGCCUUUGACGAUGAGGGAUUUUACAAAACAGGCGAUCAAGCCCACCGUGUCGGUGAUGAUUACUAUUUUGACGGGCGAAUUUCAUCCGACUUUGUUCGCUUUCAUGAAUACACGAUAUCGAUUCUCGAGCUGGAGAGAAAGCUCCUAGAUCUCCCAUAUGUCACCGAAGCGCAUGUCCUUCCCGUCAAAGACCACGGAGCUGGCGGAUUAGUUGCCGCUCUUGUGCGGCUGCAAAAGCAAGAUUGUGACGACGUUACCCUGAAGCGGGUACGUGAGGACCUCGCUGCGACUAAACUAGUUUCGUACAAAUUGCCUGCCCUCUUACGGACUCUCCAGAAUGGGGAGCAAGUCCCGUUCACGCCGUCUGGGAAGGCAUUGAAAAGGGAGUGCCUCCAGAAGUUUUUCCAUAUCUUUGAAUACAUACCGGACCCUUAUGCUGUGGAAGGAGUCGAGUACUGGGGAAAUCAACUCGAUCUGGCCGCUUCAUUGCGAGUGUUUGACUGGGGAGACCUCCACAAAGCCCAUAGCGCUAAUGUUCAAGAAUUGGUCAAAGAAGGCGUGUCGGCAGAAGGCGAGGGAACGGAAUGCCGAUCUCAGAGAUUGCUACCUGCAGAAUUUGCCGAUGAAGAAGCGAAAAGUGCAGCGCUUGUCGGUGCGGGGAUGGAAACCGCGACCGGGAGCGGAACGGGUCAACCGAUAAUCCGCCUCGCCGCAGCUGCCAAGAGGGCGGUACGCCAGCGAAUCAGGGAGCGGUGGGAGAAGCAAUGGGAGCGAGAAAGGACCUCGGCCCCCACAAAGCGCUUAGUGCAGGCGCCGAACAAGAAGACCCUCCGUCUAUACGAAGGCCUGUCGAACCCGCAGUGCGCCAUCCUAACCCAAAUGCGCACGAUGAGGAUCGGGCUUCGACACUUCUUGUUCAAAAUCAAGGCAGCGGAGACUGACCGGUGUAACUGUGAUAAGGGCUCACAAACACCAAAACACAUCCAGAUGCAGUGUCCAAAAUAUGCCAUUCCGCGUACAAAAGUAUGGGAGCAACUAUGGGAUAUUGGGAUCAACAAGACAAACUACGACAAGAUCGUGUCGAACGCGCAGGCCACCCGCUACGUGGUCAAGUUCAUGUACCAAACAGGUCUCCUCCAGCAGUUUCAACACGUUGGGAUCGAGGAGGAAGACGACGACGAACCGACAGGCCUCGCGGCAAUAAACCUAGGUGUGGAAGACGAUGAGGUAUUAGCUAAUGACGAAAACGAAGCUGUGAAACGAGAACUCAGCCAGAUUCGACAACCAUGCCAAUCAAUUGGCCAUGACAAAGCCAUCAUCAAUUGA